AUGCAUCUACGGUACACGGGUGCCGUACUUGGUCAUCUAGCAGCGAUAGGAUCAUGCUGGCCCUACGAUGAAGCUUUACUUUCAUAUAACCUCAAUGAAAAUGAAUCGGCAACGAAUCCAGCGGAAUACUGGGGAGAAUGGCCCAAUCAUACCUAUCAUCCAUCUCCAGAUAACUGGCGCUUUCCCAUGUACACGCUGUUUCUGGACCGCUUCGUGAAUGGAGACCCAACCAAUGAUAAUAUCAAUGGAACUCUCUUUGAGCAUGAUCUGAACAACAAUCAAAUGCGACAUGGCGGUGACGUUGCGGGUCUUCUCGAUACACUGGACUAUCUUCAAGGGAUGGGAAUCAAGGGAAUAUAUCUGGCCGGUCUUGUUCUAAUGAAUCAACCAUGGGGAUCAGAUGGAUACUCUGCCUUAGAUACUACUUUGUUGGAUCAGCACUUUGGAACCAUCGACACCUGGAGAGAUGCGAUCACCGAGAUCCAUAAUCGUGGCAUGUAUGUCAUUUUCGAUAAUACAGUUGCAACUAUGGGUGAUUUGAUCGGAUUCGACCAGUAUCUUAAUACCACAACGCCAUUCUCGGUCAAAGAACAUCGGGCUCAAUGGAAGUCAGAUCGUCAUUACGUUGAUUUCCACUUCGGAAACUCAUACAACAAAACCUGUGCCUACCCUAAGUUUUGGAAUGAAACAGGCUUCCCUGUGGAUCAAUAUGUUCGUGACGAACUGAAUGGCUGCUAUGAUAGCGAUUUCGAUCAGUAUGGCGAUAUCGAAGCGUUCGGUGUCUACCCUGACUGGCAGCGUGAGCUUGCAAAAUUUGCAUCUGUACAAGAUCGACUUCGAGAGUGGGUACCAAGUGUCAGAGAGCGUCUCAUCAGACACUCUUGUAUGAUUAUUUCGUCACUCGAUAUUGAUGGCUUUCGAUAUGACAAGGCGACCCAAGCCACAGUUGACGCGUUAGGUGAUAUCUCAGGUGCAUAUCGUGACUGCGCACGCCGAGUGGGUAAGAAGAAUUUCUUCUUGCCAGGCGAGAUUACUAGUGGCAAUACUCUAGGCUCGGUUUUCCUUGGUCGUGGAAGACAGCCAGAUAUGGUACCCAAGACGCUCGAUGAAGCAUUCCAUAUGACCAAUUCAUCCGAUUCAACAUAUUUCCUACGCGAUGAAAACCAACAGGCCAUUGAUGGAGCUGCUUUCCAUUACUCUAUCUACCGCUCACUCACUCGGUUCCUUGGCAUGGAUGGUAAUCUCGCAGCCGGUUACGAUAUUCCAGUAAAUUGGACAGAGGCCUGGUACGAAAUGGUGCUCACAAACGAUCUCAUCAACGCCAACACUGGCAAAUUCGACCCUCGUCACAUGUAUGGAGCCACGAAUCAAGAUGUUUUCCGAUGGCCAACCGUUGAACAUGGACUAGAGAGACAACUGUUAGCUCUCUUCAUUACCACGUUACACCUACCCGGGAUUCCGAUAUUGCUUUGGGGCGAAGAACAAUCUUUCUAUGUGUUGGAUGCCCUAGCUUCUAACUACAUCUAUGGACGUCAAGCAAUGUCUCCCGCGACGGCGUGGAAAACUCAUGGCUGUUUCAAUCUCAACUCAACCCAAUAUUUCGAUUGGCCGAUUAAAUCUGGGCGCGAGGGCUGCCAUGAUGAAACCGUGACAUAUGAUCAUCGAGAUCCAUCAGCACCAUUAAGGAACACGAUAAAGCACAUGUACCAAAUGCGAGAGGAUUAUCCUGCCUUGAAUGAUGGCUGGUGGAUCCAACUGUUGUCAAAUCACACCCACAAUGUCUACUAUCCAGGCUCAAACGGGAUUCCCACCGAAACAGGAAUGUGGUCUGUUCUGCGAAGUCCUUAUUUUCAAAAACAAAACCUUGGAAAGGCAGGCAAUCAAACGAUUUGGUUUAUUUAUCAGAAUGAUAACAAAACAGUCACCUAUGACUUUGAUUGCUCCAAUCGGGACUCGGCACUGAUUUCUCCAUUCGAUACUAAUACAACAGUCAAGAAUCUCUUCUACCCACACGAUGAAGUCACCCUCACAGACGGUCCCACGAAACUUCACCUUAAUGGAUCUUCAAAAUGGAAUGGAUGUCUGGAUAGCGUGACCCUUCAGCCUUAUGAGUUCCGAGCUUAUGUUCCCAAGAGCAAAUUCAAGCCUCCACGACCCAUGAUAACAAAAUUUAGUCCGGGUCAUGAUGUCCCAAUCCUCUCUAAGGUAGAGCCGGAAGAGAGUGAGGAUCUUGAAAUUAGUCUAUCAUUUUCCACGGAAAUGAACUGCACCCUACUCACUCAGGCAAUCGCCAUUGAGUCAACAACUGAAAGUGGCAACAAGCCUUCGAUUGAUCACAGUACAAUUAAGUGUGGCUCUGUGGACCCAGAAGACUCCUCUCUCACAGGACAUAUUCCUAGCACCUGGACUUGGACUGCAACAUUGAAUGGGGUAUACAAUGGAGUACAUCGGUUAACCGUCAGCAACGCAACCAGCACGCAUGGAAAGAAGACUAAUGCGAUCGACCACUUCUUGAUUCGAAUUGGACAACAAGAUAAUCCAAUAAUUUUCACCUCGGCAAACUAUUCUACUAGUCUACUCCAUCGACAUGACAAUGGCACAUUGUUCAUUCGACAGCAUGCAGCUGGUGCGGAUAUGUAUCGUUACUCAACGAACUGGGGCAGUACAUUCUCAAAAUGGCUUCCUUAUAAGGGCGGUAAUCAUACAAUCAAGAAGCAGCAUUGGUCGGGAACAAAAGCCCAGGAAUGGAAAGGAGAGCACGUUCGCAUUGAGUAUUGGAAUCGUUUCACCGGAAGUAGCGACUACCUCCAAGAGGGUGAUACUCCCGACUGGAAUCCUGACAUGCCGCGACGUUUCCCCCAUCUGUUCUUCAAUGGGCCGUUCAAUGAGUACGGAUACGAUGCUGGCAUUCCCAACGUUGUCAAACAAGCCGGUGAUCGCCUUUGGAAGUUCCGCUUCAUGACCGAAUGGCCUGCCCAGGGACAGCUUAAUGUCUGGGGUAUCAACCCCGAUGGUCAGCCGGAUCAAAGCUACAUAUUCGGAGACUCUGAUGGAGAUUCUGUUCUCGAUCGGCUUCCACCUUCUUCAUUGAAAACGACAACAAUCAACAUUACCCGGCAUCCUCCCAGCCCACACUUGGCCUGGAGAAUUGAGCUCGAUGACACGAACCUGAAGUUUAGACUCGUGCCUGCUGGCUCAAAACAUGUUCAAAUGGCUCUUUUCUUCAUGCUUUGGAUCAUACCCAUUCUCAGUGCCACGACGUGUGCUUAUAUUUUCAUGAAGACGUUCUAUCGUAUCAAGUUCAAUCAAGUCGGCGUGAGCGAAAAGAAAACUUUGAUCUCGCUGGAUAUUCUUAACAGGCUAAAAUCCGAUAAUGGAGAAAUUGGAGGCUCUAGAAACCUACUCGUUCGCCUUGCCAACAAAUCCAGGUUUCUUCAAAGCAAUUCUGCCUUUGGUAACCGGACAUCCCAGCGACGAAAGGUUCUCGUUGCGACGAUGGAGUAUGACCUUGAUGACUGGGGUAUUAAGAUCAAGAUCGGCGGUCUCGGUGUUAUGGCACAACUAAUGGGAAAACAACUCGGCCAUGAGGACCUAAUUUGGGUGAUUCCGUGUGUGGGAGGCGUAGUCUAUCCCAUCGAUAAACCAGCUGAGCCGAUGGUGGUCACUAUUCUUGGAAACUCUUUCGAGGUGAAGGUUCAGUACCACUACGUUAGGAACAUCACUUAUGUUCUUCUUGACGCGGAUGUCUUCCGUCGACAAACAGUUGGAGAACCUUACCCGGCCCGAAUGGACGACAUGGACAGCGCGAUCUAUUAUUCUGCCUGGAAUCAGUGUAUUGCACAUGCCAUCAAAAGAUUCCCUAUUGAUCUUUACCAUAUCAAUGACUAUCAUGGUGCUAUCGCACCUCUUUAUCAACUUCCUGAGACAGUCCCGAUCUGCCUCUCGCUUCAUAAUGCAGAAUUCCAGGGACUAUGGCCAAUGCGAACUCAAAAGGAGAAGACCGAGGUGUGCUCUGUGUUCAAUCUCGAUGUGGAUGUUGUUACUCGCUAUGUUCAAUUUGGCGAGAUUUUCAAUCUGUUACACGCUGGAGCUAGUUAUCUGCGUUUACAUCAACAAGGUUUUGGAGCUGUUGGUGUGUCUAAGAAAUAUGGAAAACGCUCGUAUGCGAGAUAUCCGAUCUUCUGGGGACUACGGAAAGUUGGCAACCUUCCUAACCCUGACCCAUCUGAUACAGGCGAAUGGAAGAAGGAAUUGCCCAAGGAAAGUGAGAUCAGUGUGGAUAGUGAAUUCGAACUUGGAAGGAUUGAGUUGAAGCGUCAAGCUCAGGAAUGGGCUGGCCUACAGCAGAAUCCAAGUGCAGACCUUCUUGUGUUUGUAGGAAGAUGGACGAUGCAAAAGGGUAUUGAUCUGAUUGCAGAUGUCAUGCCUGGGGUUCUUGAUGCACGACCGAACGUCCAACUUAUCUGCGUCGGCCCAGUCAUUGAUCUCUACGGGAAAUUCGCAGCUCUAAAACUGGACCGAAUGAUGAAACUAUACCCAGGACGGGUUUUCUCCAAACCAGAAUUCACCGCAUUGCCUCCUUUCAUCUUUUCAGGUGCAGAGUUUGCUCUGAUACCUUCACGGGAUGAACCAUUUGGUCUAGUAGCUGUUGAGUUCGGUCGCAAGGGUGCGCUUGGUAUCGGGGCUCGAGUGGGUGGACUUGGCCAAAUGCCCGGAUGGUGGUAUACGGUCGAAUCUACAACAACGACCCACCUCAUCAAGCAAUUCAAGCUUGCAAUUGACAGCGCUUUGAGCUCGAAGCUUGAGACGAGAGCUAUGAUGCGAGCGAGGUCGGCUAAGCAGCGUUUCCCUGUUGCCCAAUGGAUUGAAGACUUGGAGAUUCUCCAGUCAACUGCUAUGCGAAUCCAUAAUAAAGAGCGCGCCAAAGCACAAGCCCAAUCUACAGCUGCAACAUCGGCUUAUAAUGCCAUAUACGGAAUGAUGACUCCACAGGUUGCGGUCUCGAUGAGAUCCGGUGCUUCAAGCGGUACUCUCACGCCUCCUUUGCAGUCACCUAGCCGCCCUGGAACCAUGGGAUCAAUGCAGCGGAAUUCAGUUGUCUAUAGUCGCGAUCCAAGUCCAGGAGGAGAAAGCAGACCGAAAUCCAGCCUGAGUCGGCAAAUGGCUUUUGGAGUCCGACCCGUAUCUGCUUCAUUGGAAGUGCGUGGACGACGAGACAUUGGCAAAGGUAGCAUUAGCGACGUGGAUGAAAACGCUGAAGGUUCUAGCACUCCAUCUCCCGGUGCUGAUGAUGACAGCGAUGACGAGAUCAUGUCCACUUGUUAUGGUGAGGACGAGUAUACCAUUGGACCUGAAGCCGUUGACUCCGGGCGCCGGCUAGAUACACCCUCGCCUGGUCCACAGUCUUCCGGAAUUCCUCUUACACGGGAACUACUUUCUGCUCGUCGGGCAAGUCAGGGUUCCCUUGUUGGACGUUCUAUUGGAACCCCCUCUAGCUCUGCUGCACCUAGUACGACAGGGACGGAAGACACGCUUCUUCCACCCACUCGGCCAUGGGCAGAUACAGGAAGCCGUAUGAGCAAUGCUUCACAGUUAUCUUUUGAUUCAGUCGUCGGUGACAAGAAAGACUAUAAGCUGCAGAAAGUGGAUCCUACUUUCACGGAUAGUAGUGGGGAGUUCUACCGAGCAUUCGAGAAGAAGCUCGAGGAGCUGAAUGGAGCGAACUCCGACUCUCAACUUUGUAUUGAGCAGUAUCUCGAGAAGAGUGAGAAGAAGUGGUUCGAUCGAUUCAGGGACGCACGGCUUGGACGAAACCAGUCUCCAGUUCCAUCUUCUCAGUUUGUUAAAAACGGGAAUGGUGGCUCUCCUCCAGGGUCCAUUAACAAUGACGACACAACUUCCCAUGAUAGUGGAGUCCCAGAGAGAAAGGAAGCUACUGGAGAUGAGUUCUUCCUUGGAGAAGAUUACGUCCCACCGACCGGUCUCAAGAAAUGGAUGCAAAUGCGCCUCGGCGAUUGGCCUGUUUAUUCCCUAUUCCUUGGUCUUGGACAAAUCAUUGCAGCCAAUUCCUACCAAAUAACACUCCUCACAGGUGAGGUUGGUCAAACAGCAGAGAAACUUUACGGAAUCGCGACAGUCUAUCUCGUCACGUCUAUUUUGUGGUGGCUUUUCUUCCGCUUUUGCAAAUCCGUGCUCGUUCUAACUGUGCCUUGGUUCCUGUAUGGCCUUGCCUUUCUCAUCAUUGGUCUUGCCCACUUUGAGCCGAACCCCUUUGCUCGAGGUUGGAUCCAGAACAUCGGAAGUGGUGUAUAUGCCGCUGCGUCUUCCAGUGGCUCGAUCUUCUUUGCACUUAAUUUCGGUGAUGAGAGUGGCGCUCCAGUGAAGAAAUGGGUUUUCCGUGCUUGUUUGAUUCAGGGCACACAACAAGCCUAUGUCAUUGCUCUUUGGUACUGGGGCUCUACGCUGACAAAAGCUACCAAUGCCGGUGUUGCGAAUGUACAGGGCAGUAUCACUAACACCUGGAGAAUGACGGCUAUAUGUGCACCGAUUACACUAUUUUUAUGGACUGUGGGCUUCAUCGUAUACUUCGGUCUACCCAACUAUUACCGCCAAACGCCCGGUAAAGUCCCAUCAUUCUACAAAUCAGUUUUCCGACGAAAGAUUGUCCUCUGGAACUGGGUUGUUGUUAUCCUCCAGAACUUCUUCCUCAGUGCCCCGUAUGGUCGAAACUGGAACUUCCUUUGGAUCUCCAAUCACGCAAAACCAUGGCAAAUACUCCUGCUCUGCGUCGCAUUCUUCGGAUUCGCCUGGAUAGCCAUCCUCUUCCUCCUAGGCUGGAUAUCUCGAUCCCACAGCUGGAUUCUACCGAUAGUAGCCUGUGGCCUCGGUGCACCACGAUGGGCACAGAUAUGGUGGGGAACAUCUGGCUCAGGUCUAUUCCUCCCAUGGGCAGGUAGCUAUACAUCCGGUGCACUAGUAUCCCGAAGUCUUUGGCUAUGGCUUGGGGUUUGCGACGCAUUACAGGGUCUAGGCUUUGGAAUGAUUCUCCUGCAGACGCUUACUCGGAUGCAUAUUUGUUUCACGUUGCUUGUUUCACAGGUUCUGGGUUCUCUUGCUACUAUUUGUGCGAGAUCAUUUGCUCCGAAUAAUAUUGGGCCUGGGCCUAUCUCUCCGGAUAUCACGGCUGGGGCUGGUGCAUUAGCUAAUGCUUGGUUCUGGAUUGCGCUGUCGUUGCAACUGUUGAUUUGUGCUGGCUUCCUUCUUUUCUUCCGUCGUGAACAACUCUCAAAGCCCUGA